GUAUUACGCAACAAUACGCACAAUCCAUAACAUUAUGUUCACAAUCAAUUUCUAUGGAGAUGGAAUGUUUGAUUUCUCCAGAAUGUCAGAAUGUUAGCUAAAAACAUUAGUUUGCGCCAACCCAAGCACGAACACCUUUGCGAAUUAGCUACGAUUACUCAUCUUUAUUUUGAGUUAUUGUCAAAAGUCCAUCUAUCAUUUGCUCAAAUAAUUCAUGGAUUUUAGCAAUAAAAUCCCGCGUGCCCUUUCUACAUCUGCACAGAUGUUCAGUCUGAGUGCUGAAUACCGUCAGACUGUAGAGCGGUGCUGGGACAAGAACUACUACAAUGAGCAGAAGAAACUGAUGAAACAGUUUUUGGUGCUCCAGAGACAAGGCCUCCAGUGUCAUGUCCCUCACCACACCACCGUGGAGGACAUGAGCAACUGGCUUAUUAAGAACAAGUCCCUGGAGCGAGCCCCAGUACUGCAAAACGAUGAUGAGGAAGUGAAUCGCUGGUUGGGGUUCAGAAAGGAAGCAGAGGAAGGGAAUGACAUUAGUCACCUGACCUGGGAGGUGAACACUCAACUCAGAAUGAGGGACGUUGAACAUGAGGCUUUUACUGAGCUGGCCACCGACCUUAGUCAGGCCAUUAACUCACUUGACUUUACUGCUGAUCUCUCCUACCUAAACCCUGAGGUCUGCGAUGAAGUUGUAAGAGCUCGAAAGAGCAUUUCCCAGAGCCUGGCCUUCCAGCCGUACUCUGAGCUGUGCUGUCCCUCUAAGGUGGUGGUGGACAUCGUGUCCAGGCUGCUCCAGGCCCUCUGGUCCUGCCAGAUGGAAAGCCCCUGUGACCGGUCCUCCAUGGCCCUGAGUGACAUGAGUGUCACCAUAGUGCUGGCAGUAGUGGAGAACCUCUCUAGAGUUCUGAAGGCUCCUCCUGUCGCUCAAGUCUACUACUCCCGUUCCACUGGUGUCAGGAUGGUCCACUCACUCAACCGUAAGAUCCAGUGCCUAAACAGCCCUGAGGACCUUAGGAGAGCUCUUUUCACCCAAAGUUCCACCUUGAUCAGCACCAUCAUUGAAGCUGUGAGCACCAAAGUCCAGAGGCUGUUUGAAGCUCCUGCUGACUACAUUCCAUUAAGCUCUAUCCGCAGCUGGCUAUCAGAGCCCAAGGCAAGCGAGGUUCGUCCAAAGUGCCCUGACCAGCUGGUAAUCUCCUCGGAGCUCCUGAGGAACAUCAUUGGCAUGAUAGUUUAUGUAGUCUUCGAAGGCCACCUAGAGGAAGACAUCAACCUUCAUUACUGGCCCCUCAUAAACGACAUAAUCCACCAGCUGUCACUGUGUGGGGUCAAAGUCACAAAGAAAGGGAGCAAGGCCAACUGGCACAUUGGCUGGUACCAGAUCCUUGAGAUGGUGACAAAUAUCCAUACUCAUCUUCAUUACUACUGGCACGGAGCUGGUACUAAAGUUGGCAACAUCUGCCAGGGCCACCAUGCUAACGAGGCACAUGGUUCACCAUGUGGUCGAGGAGCUGGUAAAGCUGAAGGACGUGGAUGA